AGACUUGGCGACCAUGGCUCCUGGGAGUUUUGCGUCCAGCGACAUCUCCGAGGCUUCCUCAGUGGGGCUGACAGCGGAGUGGCUGGGGUUGUCAGGGUCUGAGAAGCCAGGUCCAAGCCUGGGUGUGCUAGCGCAGCGCCGCAAACCCACUGUGCUGCGUAUGGUGCUGGAGGCGCUGCAGGAGGGUGAGCAGCGGCAGGGCACCUCGGUGGUGGCCAUCAAGCAGUUCAUCCUGCAGAAGUACCCAACGGUCAACGUCAUCCGCCUCAAGAACCUGCUGAAGGAGGCCCUGGCCAAGGGUAUCAACCGUGGCCUCCUCAUCCGGCCCGUCAACUCCAAGGCCAGGGGGGCCACUGGCAGGUUCAAAUUAGUUGCCAAGAAAAAACGGACAGUCCAUCCCAAAAAGACAUCCACGGCUAUGGCCACCAAGGAGAAGAGCCUCAAGGACCCCAGGAAGACAAAGAAGGACCCCCCCGGUUCAAAUGAGGCAAAAACAGGAUCCAUGAAACCCGCUCAGGUGAAGCAGGCCAUCCCCAAGCCAGGCACAGCCAAGGAGAAGGCACCUAGGAAAGAUGCCAAGGCCGUGGCUACGGUGGCAAAGCCGGGUAAAGCCAAGAAAGGAUCCCCCAAACCAGAAAAGGCUAAAAAGGCCCCUUCCGGUGCUGCCAGGCUCAGCAGGAACAAUGCUACUUCCCUGGUACCGAAGAAGGCAGCAGCCACAGCCAAGGCUCCUAAAGGGGCGGCUGCCCAGGGGCCUGGGAAGGAGCCAAAAGCCAAGGCAACCGCUCAGCCCAAGAGUAAGGGCACCACUGGACCCCCCCGAGCUCCCACAUACCUGGUCAAGAAUAUCACAGCUCCCAAGGCCCCGAGAAGGCCUGGGCUGCCCGCCAAGGCCCCACCAUCAAAGGUGUCGGUCAAAGAGGAAAGAGCUGAGAGCUAG